CAACAGACGCAGACGUAUUUUAAAUUUCAUCGCUUACUUGCGAGAAACUGCAUUUCUAUUUUCUCCUCAGAGCAUGCUUUUGCUUUUGCUGCUCUUAUUUUUGCUGCAUUUUCUCUCUCCAUUCUUCUCCGUCGCAACUCGCAACUCCACUGUCCUUGGGUCAUAUUGGUGUUUAGAGUUUAAAGGGUGAGAUAAGAACUAAAACAUCAACAUGUCGAUGUCUAAGAGUUCGAAGAUGUUACAGUAUAUCAACUACCGCAUGCGGGUCACUAUCCAAGAUGGGCGUCAGCUUGUUGGGAAGUUCCUGGCCUUUGACCGUCACAUGAACCUUGUCCUUGGAGAUUGUGAGGAAUUUCGGAAGCUUCCUUCCACCAAGGGAAGCAAAUCUAACAAAACUAAUUCUAAUGAGGAGAGAGAAGAUCGCCGUACCCUCGGCCUUCUCGUCCUCAGGGGUGAAGAAGUCAUUUCCAUGACGGUUGAAGGUCCUCCCCCUCCUGAAGAGUCGCGCGCCAAGUCCAUGGGGGCUGCUGCCAUGGCUGGUCCAGGUCUUGGUCGAGCCGCUGGACGAGGUAUUCCAACUGCACCUCUUGUUCAUGCCCAACCUGGUUUGUCUGGUCCAGUUCGUGGCGUUGGUGGUCCAGCUCCGGGCAUGAUGCAGCCUCAGAUCUCCCGACCUCCAGUUCCAGCCCCUCAGCUAUCGGCUCCUGCGAUGAAUUACCCAGGUGCUCCUGUGAUCCGUCCGCCUGGUCAGCAGAUGCCAGGAUUCCCACCUCCAGGUGGGCCACCAAGAGGCCCACCUCAUCAGGUCCCUCCCCCAGGCCAGUAUCCCCCUGGGUCGAGACCUGGUUCAGCUCCUCCUGGGCAUUUCCAGAUGCCUCCUCAAUAUGCCCAGCGUCCUGGGAUGCCACCUCCUCCCAUGAUGCGUGGCCCACCUCCUCCUCCCAGACCUGGAAUGCCAGCUCCACCUCAUCCUGGUAUGCCGCCACCCCCUGGUGGUCAGAUGCACUAUGGACCUCCUCGUCCAGGGAUGCCACCUCCUCCAAAUCCUCAACAGCCACCUCAGAACCAGCAGCAAUGAUUAUAAAACUUCAGGUAUCCUAGGAUGGUGAUGAUGCCUUAGACUUGGUUUUCCUUUGUCCACAGAGAGGGACUAUUCGUUUUUCAGAGGGUUUUAGCUUUACCGAGUUUUGAGUAGUACUUUGUACCUGUUGACAAAUAUUUGGCAGUGUAUAUUUUGCUAAUUAGUUGCCUUGAAAAGGAAGAGUUAUUUUGCUGUUAAAUGUUACCUUGUGAACUUGUGUCUAUUAUCUAGGAUGCAUAUUAAGACGUAUGAGACUAUGAGCAAAACUUGCAUCUUCUGGAUUAAUGAGGCAUAAAUUGCCCUGCAAUUUUUUUUGAUCUA